AGGAGGUUGCACCAAAAUAUAUAAAGAACUGUUCAGCCCAUCUGGUGGGUUCUUCUACUUCUGCCGUUUUGCUGUGACCAUCAGUCUGCCAUUGGUGGAGCCUAGGAAAGUUAUCUCCUGAAAAUACCCUCUUCUGAACGUAUACCCACUGUCAAAAGCAAUGUCUCUCCUUCUGGCACUUUUAGCAACGAUUGCUGGCCUGCAUCAAUGUGCUGGUAAUGAGGACCACGAUAAAGCUUUUGCCGCAUUAUCGACUGAUCUGCUAACAGUACAGGAUGAAAUUAUAGACAAGCACAAUGACCUCAGGAGACAGGUGGAACCACGUGCUUCCGACAUGCUGAAGAUGGAAUGGAAUGGAACAGCCGCGUCUACUGCCAAAAGCUGGGCUGAUGGGUGCGUAUAUAAACACAGCCAUGAGAGCCAGAGAAUAAUUGAAGGUGGCAUGUCAUGUGGUGAAAAUCUAUUUUAUUCAAGUGUCCCUAAAUCAUGGUCAGAUGCAAUUCAAGCAUGGUUUAAUGAAUUUGAAUAUUUCAUCUUCGGAGUGGGGCCAUCACAUACGGGUGAACAAGUUGGACAUUAUACUCAGGUGGUUUGGUAUAGCUCUUUCCUGCUUGGUUGUGCAGUAGCUGAGUGUUCACAUGACAUAUAUAAUUAUUUCUAUGUCUGCCAUUACUGUCCUGCGGGAAAUGUAAUGGGACGGAGGUUUAGACCAUACACUAUAGGAACAACAUGUGGCAAUUGUACUGAUUACUGUGAUGACGGACUAUGCACCAAUCCUUGCCCAGGUGAAGAUAAGAUCAGCAACUGUCUCAGUCUAAAGAAAAAACACCCGUGCACUAAUCCAUUAUUACAAGAAAUGUGUCCUGCAAGCUGUCACUGUGAAAAUAAAAUAUAUUAAUAUUUGAUUUUUUCCAAAAGACCUGUGAAGUCAAUGAAAGUGGAAGACAGAUUAAAGGUGAAAUGAAUGAAAACUGCAUUUUAUUACAUGUGUAACAUCAGCUACAGAGUAGAAUAGACCUUCUGUAUUGUAUGCUGCCAUUUUAAAAAUGUGUCUUUCCUCUGUCUUGGAGAACAAAGACAUAAAGAUACUAAGCUUGAAUAACUUCUUGAUUUUCAAUUAAAUCAGACAACUGUCUUAAGAAAUCUGCACAUAAGACAUUAAUGAAAAAAAAACACAAUUCUGUGGGCUUCCUCAGUGAUUUUUUCUUGGCAAAGCAAAAAACAACACUGUAUCUGAAAUGUUGGAAUAUAUGUGAAAUUCUGCAUAA